AUGAAAUUCAUUUUCAUAUUGUUUUUUCUGGGUGAAAUUUCUCAAGUUUAUGGGCGAUGUCCUGAUCACUCAUUUCUGGGUUGCAUGCUUCGAUUGAAAGCUCAGCGCGUGCCAAUUGAGAAAAACAUUUUGAGUCUGAUUUUUAACAUUGGCACAGAGGCACGUCUUCUUCACACCUGCAAGGUGUACUCAUCUACUCUCCCAUGUUUCCAAGAGAAAAUUCUGGAAUGUGGAGAUGAUAAACAGAAGAGGAUAUUGAGUGAAGUUUCAAAAACAAUUAUGUAUUUGUGUUCACCUUUCAGCAUGAAGAGACAGAAAUCAGUCAUCGAACACCAAAAAUGUAUAUCCGGCGUGCUCUCAUUACCAGCAACCACUGGAUGUCAGAUGGAUGAUAAUGACUACGGAAAACAAGUUUUGUCAUGCAAACAAGAGUGCAACUCGAGAGGCUCCGAUUUUAUCUGCAUGAUGCGAACUUGGAUUUCAGAACAAAAUAUUUGCACAAUGAUCGAUAUAGACCAAAAGUGUGGUGCCGAUGCGGCAGGAUUGUUCCAAGAGCUUCAAGCGACAGUAUUUGAGCCAUCCUAUCCAGUAGUCUGCAGUGUUAGAAAUGAAACUGUUACAACUACCGAAAAACCGAAAAUCUCGCCAUUGAAAGAGAAGAAAAUCAAAACACAUUAUCGAAAACCGACCCAAAAAUCGAAAACUGAAAUCCAAGAAUACCCAAUGGUUCUAACCUCCCCACCGUCUCCAUCAACCGCCGAAAACAUUUACAUUGCUCUACCUGACCAGUCAAAUGUUUACAUGCGACCGCAACGACCAACUUUUGCGGCAAACUUGACUAAUAACAUUCCCUACCCAGAAGAAAUGCAACAAGAAAAGUCGAACAUUUGGAAGAAAGGUGGUUACGGGCAAAAAGUGCAAUAUAACAAAGAGCACUGGAAACAAAAAACUACAUCGGGUAUGGAAAACGUACGGAAAAUGUUGAAAAGCGAAUUUGUGUUCACAACUCAACACCCAUUGUUCACAACAACCGAGUACGGAGCAACACCUAGAAGACAUAAGGUCAUUGAUAUUUUGAAAAGUUUGAUUCCUCCAAAUUUACCCUCUCAAAUCACUGCACUACUAGAAAACAGUUAUGAUAAGGAGCUCUUUCCCGGGACCCAAAGUUAUAAUACACCAGCCGCUGCGUUGUCGCCGAUUUCGCAGAUGUUUGCCACGUCACAAGCUGUCUACCAGCCUGAAGUAGUAACCAUGGCUCCCAAGACAACGAUGAUUCCUCCACACCUGUCAAGAUAA